AUGGAGCUCAAAACAAAUCAACCGGAUCCAGAAGAGCUCAGUCAGUUAAGGAAAGAAAAAACUGAGCUUUCAACUAAAAUAGAAAAGCUUAGCGAAAGAGUGAACGAAAGUGAGUUGGAUUACAAGAGGCUACAAGAGAAGCUUGAUAAGUACAUCAACUACAAAAGGCGUAAGUACAAAGGCAAAAAGCUGAUAGUGACGUGAUAUAUUUUUACACAGGGUGGUUUAGCCACGUGUUAUCCUUUACACGAAAAGCAAUACUAGGUAAAAUGGUAGUCAAUAUUUCGUUAUCUGUUUAGGAAACGCAGUUAAGUAAAGUUUGUAAGAAGAUGGAGCAGUACUUCGAAUUUUAAAAUCAGGAAUAGACCACACUUCCUAGCUAGUUACUGCCUAAUACCCUUACGGUUUUAGGAGAAAACUAAAAAAAAAAAAGUUUGAGGCACAAGUAGAAGGUCAGUGAUAAGCAAAUUUUUCUGACUAGAAUUUUCUCACAAUCUCAGGUGGGUAUAACCAGGAAGAAUUGUGGUCCGUUUCUUUUGCAACAUUUCUUUUGGUUACUAUCAUUUAAAAUGGUAGGUUUUUUAAACCCGCUAAUUCAUAUGAGUAAACAAGACAGAAUUUCUCCUUACAAUAUCAUAUUCAUUAUUAAGCAGAAAAGUGAGGCGAAUAGAGAAAAAUAUCAAUUAGGGGAAUAUUAGUUUAUCCAAACCCAAAUUCUCCCAACUUACAUCACAAGAAUUGUAUGGGAGACAGUUAGGAGAAUGUUAUGAGAUCUUGGGGGUGAAAGGGUUAACCACAUAGGGUGCGUAUAGUACAAUUUCUGCAAAUAAAUUAGUUAAAUUAAAGUGAAUAUGAUCUGUUGAUUAUAUGAACAAUUAAUAAAAAAUGACAGAUUGAUGAACGAAUAAGCGGAUGGAUAGGCAGUUGUUGGAUAUUAAAUAGUCUGGUGGGGUGGGAUUACGUUCCCUUUUCAACUGUUUUCUGAACUAAAUGUCUUUUUCCCUUUAGAUGUUUUCUCACCAACUUCAACGCAAUUUGGCGACAGCUGUAGAGGUGUCAUAUGUUUCUUAAAGAGAGAGUCGGCUAAACUAUUAACUUACAGAUCCUCCGAUGGCGUAGGAAGCGCGAAUGACAUAUUUGACCAUAGGAGGGGCACCAUCAGCGGAACAGGAGAGAUUAAAAGUUCAUGGUGGUCUAUUUUUCUGGGCCCAUGUUAUCAGCUUGUAAUUACAAACUGCUCUUUGAGAGACGGUAAAAAGAACGGAGAUUCGGCACUUAUGAAUUGGCGACUAGAGGGAUCCAAUGACGGAAAGAACUGGGAAAUAUUUGAAACUGUAAUCAACGUAAAGGAUCCACGGUGCAAGUGCGAAGAUAAGUCUUUAUAUCAUUCACGCUUAUGGUCCCUAAGAGGGGAAAUAAAACCUUUUCGCUUUUUUCGAAUUUUCCAAACGGGUGUCAAUUCAUCCGGAAAAUAUGGAAUAUACUUAUCUGGAGUUGAGCUGUACGGAAUACUUCUAAAAGCAGAGAGCUAACAGCUACAUGGAGGCCUCAAAACAUAGAGUUUUCAUCAAGCAGCCGAGGGAUGAUAGUAACUUCUCAGAAAGUAAGGUCUGUGUACGACCUACCAUCAAAAGUGUCUUUUAGAAGCCACAUAACGUUUUCUUUGUGCUCUUUUACAUUUUUCAUUUAGAGUGUGAUGGAUUGCAGGUCAAAAAAUAUAAAUUUGCAAAUUUUUUUUGAUCAUUUUUUUUUUUUAAGAAUAUGGCAAAGCAGUAUUUUAUAAGCAGUUACAUGGCUUUGUGAACAUUAAAACGUGAGAGACUGGAAUGAUUUGCCAGUUAUCCAUGCUGCUGGAGUAUUUAUGUAAAUAAUAAUAUUACACAUGUGCCCUGGCGAUAGAGUGUCAAUCCUCGUUUGCUCGAGUUUUGUUGCGCAGAAUUCAUUCACUUAGGAAAUGACAAGGUUAUUGAAUUUUCCAAACCUGGGGAGUAGAGGAGAAUUAUCAAGGUUUUUGUUACUGGUGAAAGGAAGUAGAAAUUUAAAAGUGUUAUGUAGAGUGUCUGUUUAUUUUUCAAUAACAUUAUUAUCAAUUAACGACAACUUCAUGAAGUUUCUAAUAUACAAAGAGGCCUUUCUUAUAUUAUCAUUUUUAUUGUUGUUUUUCUUCCUAUAUGUACUUUCGUCAAAACAUCAUUAUUCUGAAUAAAGGGGGAAGUUCUAAAGAAACUGUGGUGUUGCGUCGGUGGGGGAGUUUAAAAAGAUAAUUUGGUUUUAUCAGCUGAGUUGAUGAUAGAAAUUGGCCCCUGUAAAAACUUUCUAAGCUGUCGAUACGAGCGUUAGCCCUUCGUCAGAGCGAAUCAGGGCUAACGCUCGCAACGCAAGCUUAGAAACUCUUUACGGUGGCCAAGUUACAUCAUCAACUCAGUUGAUAAAACAGACGAUCUUGAUAGUAUUUUGGACAAGCUUUAAAUUGGUAGCCUUUAAAAGGAGAAAAAAACAAUUGUUUGAUCUGAUUAAGGGAAACAUUUUGUGUUCAUUUGUCAACUGAUGCACAAACGCGGAAAUAAUGUGUGAAAGACUGAUUAACUUACAUCUUGUGGUAUUGUGUAUUGAAUUCCUACAAAUACCUUACAUCAAUGCGUUAUAGUCAUUAUUCACAAAGUAGACGGUGGAAGUCACAAAAUUUUCUUUAAGCCCAUGCAACUUUUCAAAUAUGCAUGCUGUACGCUGUCAUUUUGUAGUACAAAGUUUGGUUAUUUUAAAAUGGCAUGUCACCUGGUUACUUAGUAACUGAUCAAAUAUUUUGUCAACAGCUGAGACGGAAGCCGAGGGAAAGGGUGAUGGGGAACGUUGAAUGACAUUUCUGAACGUCUUCAUGAAUAAUUUUUUGCGAAAUAAAUGCAUUGAACUUAACAUGAAAUUAAGUCUCUUUGUAUUAAUUGCUGUCAGAAAAAGUCACUGAUUACAUAAGUAUUGCUGACAGCGCAUGUUCUCGCAAAAUUUGUUUUGAAGACAAAUCGUCCUCGACUUCUGACUGAAAGGUACCAGGUAGGUUAUUAUCUCUUUUGUUGUCCACACAGAUAGUUCGUUAUUUCGUUUGUCCGGCUUCGAUCUGCCAUCAAAUCUGAUGAUGAAACAAAGCAGAAGUGUUUGGCUCCAAACUUAUUUUCUCUGUCUUGCCUAAUUUCCGUCUCUAAGCUGAUUUGAGAUUCUAUAGUUUCACACAAAGUGUCUCUUAUCCAAAAUUUUGUUUCAAAUAGCUAGUUUGCAUCUAAAAAAAGUCGUCAAAGAAUGCGAAGAUUGAUGUUAUUCGUCUUUUCACGAACAUGGACAAAGAAAAAAUUUAAGUGAGUCGUCAAGAGAAAUUAAACUCCCGACCAUCGGACUCCGAAGUAUGUAGAACGAGUAUCAUACAUGAAUUUAUCCACGGCCUAACUCACCACAAAGUUCUCAAGGACUCAGUAUCAGUAGUUAAGCAGAUGCAAAUUAUCUUUGCAUUCGGUUUUGCUAGGAGGCGUCUUAAAGUUGUCUUUGAUUCGAGUUAAAGCAGGAAGAAGAUAAGAAGACAAGGAAUGAAGAGGAGAAAAGAUUGAAAGAGGAAAACAUACAACUCGAGUUUAAAAGGGAUGCCUUGAUAAAAUCAAACCAUGAACAACUGACAAGGAUAGGAAAAUUAAAACAAAAACUAGGAACGAUCGAGAGAACGAAAAAAGAGGAUGUGGAAAAAUUGGGAGAACAGAUUAAAAUCCUAAAAGGCGAGAACGAAAAAUUAAUGAUGCUCAAAACAAAUCAACCGGAUCCAGAAGAGCUCAGUCAGUUAAGGAAAGAAAAAACUGAGCUGUCAACCAAAAUUGAACAGCUUAGCGAAAGAGUGAACAAAAGUGACUUGGAUUACAAGAGGCUACAAGAGAAGCUUGAUAAGCACAUCAACUGCAGAAGGCGUAAGUACAAAGGCACAAAGUUAAUAGUGACGUGUUAUAUACUUCUAUACAGGGUGGUUUAG